AACGCGACUGGAUUGCGUGUGUGUGAGUGUGAGAGAGAGAGAGAAAGGAAAACAAAAAUACCUCCGCAGAACCCGUUUGACCGCCGCGCCGAGCGGAUGCGCUGGCUGUUCGGGUUUCGCCGCACGUUGGCCCAACUAGAAAGUCCAGUUGGACCGACCGUGGAGUGAGAUUGAGAUUGAGGUUGUGCGAGAGGGGUGGGGUGGUGGGGGGGAGGAAGACAAGAAGAUGACACAAGAACACGACAAUAAGAGAGCGGUCUUAGUACUACAGAAUGAGCCACUUUAUCCCCAACGGCGUUCUUAUACCAGUGAAGAUGAAGCAUGGAAAUCCUUUCUGGAAAACCCCUUGACUGCUGCCACUAAGGCCAUGAUGAGCAUCAAUGGAGAUGAUGAUAGUGCUGCCGCUCUGGGCUUACUCUACGAUUAUUACAAGGUUCCCAGGGAGAAGAGGACAAUACCACCUGAGAAAAGUUCUAAUAUGGACUCUGAGCACAACAAAAGACUGCUCACUCCCAUGCAUCCCGCUCGUGUUAGAAGGGGAGUACGAACUGGCAUGCUGCCUCCUUCACAGCCAAUAUCAAUGAUGAUUUAUGAUCGUCCAGAAGGAGGCACAAUUCAAACAGGGAACUCCAUGUCGUCUGCAGCCGACCAGCCGGUUAUAUCCACAGCAGACAGCCGAGUGCAACAGCUGAGAGUUUUGCCGGUCAAUUUGGUGUUGCCCAACCACACUGUUGGACACGAGAAAGUGAACCACUUCACCGCCCCAGACACCACUGUCAUGGUCUCUGUUACAACUGUACCACCCCAUUCCAUCAAGACGGAAUCCCACCCAAAUAACUACUCGGUGGGAAUACCUCCGGCAUCCUAUAGUGGUGAACAUCCUGAGCGCACCGUCAUCUAUGACCGGAAUAUGCACACUGACCACUUCACCUCAAACGCACAAUCGUCGCAAAGAAGGACUCCUGACACCACCUACACAGAGACGUUCAAGGAAGGAUCUCAAGAGCAUGUGUUUGGUUUUCCUACUGAUCUUCACAUUCGAAUGCCCGCUUUAGAUGCAGAGGAAUAUCAAUUUGAUCGAACGAGUACAUUUGAAUAUGUAUUGGAAGCCUUGAAGUCCCUUAAACAGAAGACAGGCGAUGGGACAAUGACAUACCUGAAUAAGGGGCAGUUUUAUCCCAUCAUACUCAAAGAAGUGAGUGCCAACAAAGACAUUCAUCACCCGGUCAGUAAACUCAGAAGCGUAAUAAUGGUUGUUUUCGGCGAUGAUAAAAUCCGUGAUGAACAACUCAGGCACUGGAAAUACUGGCACUCCCGGCAGCAUACUGCAAAACAGCGCUGCAUUGACAUCGCUGAUUACAAAGAAAGUUUCAACACUAUCAGUAACAUUGAAGAAAUCGCUUACAAUGCCAUCUCUUUUACAUGGGAUAUCAGUGAUGAAGCUAAGAUUUUCAUCGCAGUCAACUGUCUCAGCACAGAUUUCUCUUCUCAGAAAGGGGUCAAAGGGCUACCACUGAACAUACAGAUCGAUACUUACAGCUACAACACUCGAAGCAACAAGCCUGUCCACAGGGCACACUGCCAGAUUAAAGUGUUCUGUGACAAGGGUGCAGAACGGAAGAUACGUGACGAGGAACGCAAGCAAUCCCGUAAAAAGUCCAAAUCCAGCGAUGGUGGUUCCCAUCUCAAUGCAUUCCACGACUCAAAGAUACCCCUGAUCCCCAACCACAAGCAGAUGGAAGCCACUGUCUUUAAAUCCAUUGACGAUCAUGCCACCCAGCCUGUGCUCUUCAUUCCCGACAUCCAGCAACGUAGUGCGCAUGGUUUCCCUCUUGGACCAGAUGAAUUAGAAGGUGAAGGAUCAGGAAUUAAAAGACUGGUCUACUCGCCAGUUGAAGAUUUUGGAUCUCCCAAUAAGAUUCUCAGGAUAGAAGCGCCCAAGAAAGUUUUGCUUUAUGUCAGGAAGGAAUGCGAAGAGGUGUUUGACGCGUUAAUGUUGAAAGCUCCUUCUCUCAAAGGCCUCAUGGAAGCCAUUUCAGAAAAAUACGAAGUGCCCCUUGAGAAAAUUGCAAAAGUCUACAAAAAAUGCAAGAAAGGCAUCUUAGUGAAUAUGGAUGAUAACAUCGUGAAGCACUACUCUAAUGAAGACACGUUCCAACUAAACAUCGAAGAAAUUGCAGGAUCCUACAAGCUCACUCUCGCUGAGAUAUGAAGAGCAUUGAACGGCGGUGGCUCAUCCAAUUUAUUGACCGAGCUAUUGUGAGAGCAAAGGAAUGAAAAAAAUAAAAGCAUGAAAUUAUCACACCAAUACAUUUUACAUACACGCCUCCAAAGUGAAAGUGCGCAAUACACGAGUAAGGAUCACAUGGAACUAUUGAGCGACCUGAUGGCGCAGCCCUUAGUACUGCUACUGCACAGAUGUAACCUUGGGAGCUGUCUGUAAGGAGUUUCUUCUUGCAUCCCAAAGGCAAGCUGGUAGACUAAUUGGUGGCUGUCAAUCAUGUAGGUGGUGGUAAGAGAACUGGGGGACGUUAUGGACCUGUGAGAAUUAAUAGGCCAUUUGCAAAUUAGUGAGAAGCUGCGCUUAUGGAAAUGAUCUGAACACCAACAGCCACUCGAUGGGCGAAACUGCCCACUUCUAUGUUGUAAUGAAAUAAUCGCUUAUCUAGAGAACACCAAAAAUUAUCAGCCAAUUACUCCUAUGCCAUGAUCCAUGUGCUUCCUUCAAUAGAUUUGCGGGUAUUUUUUUUUCAUUCCUUUGACCUCCCCCAGCACUGUAACAUCAGUGUUGAUUGAGUACAAUAUGCAUAAAAUACAUAAAAAUACUGUAACCAAAGAAAAUGGAAAUAGAGAAAAAGCUCUUGUUAGACAUGUAAAUAUUUAUAUAUAGAUUAUAAUAGUAGUGUCUUUGAAAGCUGAAGUGCUACCUGGGGUUCCAAAGAGUUGAUCUUUGUGGUGUGCUGCAGAUGUGUAAUGGACAGCUCAUUCAUUGUGCAGCCUAUAUUUUUAUUAUGGAAGUUAAGUGAUGUUUUGUCUCGAUUCACAUCUUGUCUUAAAUUUCAGAUUUUAUAAAUUGACACUAUCUUUUGAUAACUCAAAAAUACUGCAGGAAUCAACAUUUGAGACGGGGCACUUGAAGAAUGUUGUUUAUGAUAUUUUCACAGUAAUUACAGUAAGACUCCUUUAUAUAGGAGUUAGACUGCCUGAACUACAGGAAAAGUCAGUGAAUGGCCAAAUAAGCCAUAGAAUUAAAGCCAUUUUGUGUUUGUAUUUGUGUGAGAGAGAGGUGAGUGUGUGAGUGAGAGAGAGGUGAGUGUGAGAGGGACUGAGAGAGAGAGAGAGAGAGAGAUAAAUAUGUAUGUGUGUGUGUGCAUGUUAAGUGCAAUAUAGCAUCACAAAACCAUAUAGGUUUGGGCUAUCUUUUAUCCUAGCAAUUUUCAAAACAACAGUUUACUAAGAGUGAGGGUCUGGGUCUUUUAAAUUUUAUAGAUGAAUUGUAUUGUUUUAAGUUUAUUUAAACAAAACACUCAACUGCAUUUUUAAAUGUUUACGAUGGAACAAUGCUUUUUUUUUAGAAAAACCUUUAAGGCGUUAAAACUGUUUUGGGCUUCCUUGGAAAUAUAUGUUUAUUAAAAUCGCAGUAUUCUUUUCCUGUAAUCUGAUCAUUUUAGGCCAGGUUUGUAUUUCAUUUGAAACAAGUAACUGAAGUAAGGCUGACAGUGACUAUCUAUGUAUAAACAUAAGAAAGAAAAUGUUCCAGGGCAGUCCAUAAACAGUUUUACAGCAUUUAAACUGUAUGCAGGGCUCGUUAUUGCUCUUGGGACAGUUACUUGGUAGGUUAGCAUAUGCCAGGUGAUGUGAUUUUAAAUUUCAACUCAAUACUUUAAAUAUUUUCCAAACUUGCUAAUAUAUUUUUAAAGCACAUAGUUAAUCAUGUCCACAUUACUAGAGUAUCUGCACAUCUGACCACGCCUACUGGGAUGUCCCACUAUUUGCUUGUUGACAAGGUGGUGAUGAAAUCCAGCCUUACCAGCCUCUGUUUUAAUUGAGUAUCGGUCGUUUUAUUUUUAAUUUGAAAACACGAGGCAGACACCUCCCACUGGUUGUUGCCGGUUGGAACCAUGGUCACUGUACAUGGGGCUAUCCAUCUGUGGUGUGAAUUGUGAUGCAUCUUGGCAUUUCAUCCGCUGGCCUUGCUGGAUUCUGUGGCAUCUCAGCAAGGUUGCCUGCUUUCAAGCUCAAUGGCACCAUCUACUCCACCCGGGGGGGGGGGGGGUCUUCACAUUAAAGGUUCCAUAUAAGUGCCAGUGAAAAUCCAGGGCUUGGUGUGGCUGAGUCUUGACUAUGUCUAUGCCCCUUGCAACAAAAACUAACUAUAGUUAAUACAUGGGAGCCAGCAGGGUGGAGCUUCUCAUGCUCCUUGGUCCUUUGCCUUAGCUGCGUCAGCAAGUCUUUCUCAGUGAGGACCACAACUGUUACACUCUGCCCCUGUUUUUAAGGAAUAGGACAAAUAUCAGCUCGAUGCCUCCCUGCUGGGAAAAACACAAAUGGACAUUUGUUUGGGAAACCACGAUGGGCCCCGAGGUGGAAUUCACACUGUAAUUCCCUGCUUAAGCUCCUGCAAGAAAUGUAGAGACUGGUUAAAGUAGCAGAUUCAGGAUACCUUUAUUGAAGGGGCUAUAUCUAAUAACUCCUCGGGAAGAAGAGAACAUUGGAUGGCAAAACAAUAUGUGCUGAAAAAUCAACGCGUUAUCGUUUGACAACCCCUUUAAUAGAACAAAUAUGGAAAGUUAGCUAUAGUGCAAAAAACUUCACAGUUUUGUUUCAAAAAGCUCCUCAUUUGGAAAUCAGCAAGUAACCACAUUGAGAAAUAUUUUAUUAGGGAAAUCCCUGCUUGCAGAUAAUUUAGUUGUCAUAAUGUGGAGAAUUAAAAAGGACAUAAUUUUCAUAAUAUAAAUCAAGCAAAAUACAAAAGCUUCAAUCUGUUCUGCUUUCGUAAACAUAUUUUUCAUUUUCGAUGCCUAAUAAUUGAGGCCCUGGCCUUUAAUAACCAAGGAAAAUAAUUAUUGCCGGUUUGUACAGUUACAUAGGGAGAAAAUCACAUCUUUGUAUGUAUAUUUUUGGUAAGUGGUCAUACUACAGUAAAAUAUCAUUAACAUCUUCCAGAUAAUAAUAAUAAUCCAGUUUGUUUUGAAAUAAAAUGGAAAAGGGCUUUUUUGUAGCUACUUUUAUUAUAUCAUUGAAAAUGUUUCACUGAUUUUGUUUUGAUGUGCAUUUGAAAAGAUGUAUUCAAACCUUUAUUGUAUACCAAAGGGAAUAAAUUUUAUAUGGACAUUUC